AUGGCUGAUUGUGCUAAUUCAGAGUCAGCGAAAAGAGGACCUACCUUCACAAAAAUGAUCUAUAAAGAACUGGUUUCUGAGACAAAGCAAUCGGCCGGUAGAGUAACGGUAGUGGGAGUUGGUGCGGUGGGCAUGGCCUCGGCCUUCUCUCUUUUAGCCAUGGGAAUCUGCAACGACCUCUGCCUCGUUGAUGCCAGGAAAGAAAUCUGUCAAGGGGAACAACUCGACCUCAUGCAUGGACUCGCCUUCUACGGCAAGAGAGUAGCUAUCUCUGGUGAUUCUGACUACGGUGCAUCUGCUAACAGCAAAAUUGUUGUCCUCACCGCUGGAGCCAGGCAGGCUCAAGAUGAAUCGAGACUUGAUCUCGUUGGGAAAAAUGUUACUAUUUUCAAGUCUGUCGUACCUCAAGUCAUAAAGUACAGUCCAUCUGCCAUUCUAAUCGUCGUGACAAACCCUUGCGACAUCAUGGCGUGGGUGGCCUGGAAGAUCAGCGGUCUUCCGAAACAUAAAGUUAUAGGGACCGGCACUCUCCUGGACUCCAGUCGGUUCCGUUACAUGAUCAGUGAGAGGCUGGGAGUCGCACCGCACAGUGUACACGCCUACAUCAUCGGCGAACAUGGCGACUCAAGUGUGCCCGUGUGGAGCAGUGUCAACGUAGCGGGCACCAGGCUGAAGGAUCUCACUCCAACCAUCGGAGAAAAUCCCGAGAGAGAUCCAGAAAACUGGGACCAGGUACACAAGACAGUUGUUGGGGUACCACACGAAAUCAUCAAAUUAAAAGGCUUUACAAACUGGGGAAUCGGAAUGAUGGUCAGUCGAUUGUGUGAGGCCAUCUUGAGGGACCAACGCACCGUGUACCCGGUCAGCACGCAACCCGACGGAUGGAGUGGCAUCUACGAUGAGGUGUUCAUCAGCAUCCCGUGCAUUGUGGGAUCGAGUGGAAUCAGUCACAUCAUCAACAUGAACCUGGAUCCACCGGAGCAAAAAGCCAUCCAGGAAUCUGCCAGGAUGUUGAGAAGGGUCAUCGACACCAUCAAGUUGUGA